GUGUCGGAAGUGCGCAUGUCAACAGAACGCCAUCUUUGAUGUGUGUUUGGUAGGGAGGGCGUCUUUUACUGGAAAGGUAAAAGCUUAAAGAGGUAUACCACCAACAGUAAAGCCACCGGAGAACCAGACUUUCCUGACAUUUGGAACAGGGCAAAAUGCAGAGAAAUGUGAAAAGGAAAAACACAGAGAGAGAACGGAGCAGCCCAUAGCAGGCUGCCCGUGGGCCGCAGAAUGCCGUCCUUUUCCCGGCCGGGGAGCCUGAAGGACCCCGAAGUGGCAGAACUGUUUGACAAAGAAGACCCUGACAAAAUCUUUGUUGACCUUCGGGAGAUAGGCCAUGGCAGCUUUGGCGCGGUGUACUAUGCGAGGAAUGUUGCAACCAAAGAGGUGGUGGCCAUCAAGAAGAUGUCCUUUACAGGGAAGCAAUCCACAGAAAAAUGGCAAGACAUAGUGAAGGAGGUCAGAUUCCUACGCCAGCUAAAACACAAAAACACAAUAGACUACAAGGGUUGCUACCUGAAGGAACAUACAGCAUGGCUUGUAAUGGAGUAUUGCCUAGGUUCAGCAUCUGAUAUUAUAGAAGUACAUAAAAAGCCCCUUCGUGAAGAAGAGAUAUCUGCAAUCUGCAACGAUGCCCUCCUUGGAUUGGAGUAUCUGCACUCAUUGGGGCGGAUCCACAGAGAUGUUAAGGCAGGGAAUAUCUUGCUGACAGAGAAUGGAACUGUAAAGCUUGCUGACUUUGGUUCUGCAUCUAUGGUAUGUCCUGCAAACUCAUUUGUUGGGACACCAUACUGGAUGGCACCCGAAGUCAUCCUUGCCAUGGAUGAGGGACAGUAUGAUGGAAAAGUAGACAUCUGGUCCUUGGGCAUCACAUGCAUCGAGCUUGGUGAACGCAAGCCCCCCUACUUCAACAUGAAUGCCAUGAGUGCCUUGUACCAUAUUGCCCAGAAUGAUUCGCCCAUGCUUGGAGGUGGGGAAUGGAGUGACGUAUUUCGACAUUUUGUCAACUCAUGCCUGCAGAAAAGUCCUGCGGAUAGGCCGACGGGUUCAAAGUUAUUACAGCACCCAUUCAUGACACGGCCACGGUCCAGUAAGGUGAUAAUGGAUCUGAUACAACGGACCAAAGCUGCAGUUCGGGAACUAGACAACCUGAACUACCGUAAGAUGAAGAAGAUUCUCAUGGCCGACUCUCAGGAGAAUGAAGUCAACACUGUGGAGGUGGAAGAUGACUCAACUGAGGAUGACCAAGGCUGUGGUGGAAGUGUGAGUGGAGCAGGCAAUGGAGGAGGAGAUGGCAGUAAAAGUAACAGUUUAACCUCAACUCAGAGUCAACAGAGCAGCACUGUAAGUGCUGGUAGUCAUAGCAGCAGCACAAGUAGCAUACCGCCAGCUUCGGAGACGGACUCCUACCCGCCUGCUUUCCGUCAUCCGCACGACAGCGUCAGUCAAAACUCUUCAUCAACGAGUCUGAACAGCACGGAUGCUAGCGCCAACAAUUUCGCCACGAUUAGGACAACGUCCAUAGUGACGCGGCAGAUCAAAGAACACGAACAGGAGAACCAGAUGCACGAUCAGAUGUCUGGUUACAAACGCAUGCGUCGUCAACAUCAGAAGGCUCUCGUUCAGAUGGAGGCCAAGUGCAUACAGGAAAUGGAUGAGCACAAACAGAAGCUGGACAAGGAAUAUGAAACUCUACUCCAGCAGUUCAGUAAGGAGUUGGAGAAAUUACAGAUGAAGCACCAGCAAGACCUGGAACGGAAGCUCAAGCAUAACCUCUCAGGAGAGAAAAGGCUUAGUAGAGCCAUAACUCAGCAACAAGAGGAAGAAACGAAACGUUUUCAGCAACAACAGAAGAUGGAAUACAAGUUCCUCAAAGAAAAGUUAAAAAAGGAUGCCACGCUAGAAAGUUCUACACGAAGUAGUGGGUGUAGCCGGGACGAGGCUGUUAGGUGUCACAAAGAAGACAUGCAGCAGAGCCAAGCUGGGGCUUUGUUGCGCCUUCAAAGGCACCAGGCCACAUAUCUGCGUCUAGAAAUUAGAAAAUACAGGCGACGUAGGCUCUUGCAAUACCACCGCCUUGAGCAGGACCUUCUCAGAGAGGAACUGAAUAAGCGGCAGAGCCAACUGGAGGAAGCUCAUGCAAUGUUACUGAGACACCACGAGACAACCCAGGAGCUGGAGUACCGUCAGCAAAGAGGGGUGCACCAGCUGCGAGAAGAACAGGUGCGGAAGCAGCACCAGAUAGAGCUGGCGAACCAGCACGGAUAUUCGAGUCGCAGGGAGCGGGAGCUACACAAACGCCAUGCCCAAGAAGUGAAGCAACAACCCAAGAGUCUCAAGCACAAGGAACUACAGAUCCGCAAACAAUUUCGGGAGACUUGCAAGAUCCAGGAACGUCAGUACAAGGCCUGGAAGAGCCAAGUGCUGGCCAGCACUCCGCGAGAGGGACAGAAGGCAGUGAUGAAGAGACUGAAGGAAGAGCAGGUACGCAAGCUGGCGCUGCUUGGCGAGCAGUACGAGCAAAGCAUCGCAGAAAUGCUGCAGAAGCAGUCCAUUCGCCUGGAUGAGUCUCAGGACAUGGAAGCGCGCCAGUUGAAAGAACAACUUCAGCAAGAGUUAGAGUUGCUGAUGGCCUUCCAGUCAAAGAUCCGUAUGCAGGCAGAGGCCCAGCGUAACAGGGAACGCUCAGAACUCCAGGACCGUGUCUCAGUACGACGGGCUCUGCUAGAGCAAAAGAUGGAACUUGAAAAACAGCAAUUCCAGGAAGAGCGGGCAGAGCGCCAGCGGCUGUUGUGUGAGCGCCAGGCACGGGAAAUUGAGGCAUUUGAUGAGGAGAGUGCCCGGAUGGGCUUCGACCCCUUGGAGAUCGCGGAAGCGUCGCGCGAGCCCCUGGCUGCUGCAGACGGGGACAGCCUGGCAGGCAGCACCUUGAGCCUGACUCACAGCAACAGCUCUAGCUCGUUCACACACACCGCCCUCUGAGGAAGAUUCCACCCUUCGUCGAGCAACCCCUCUUGUUUGUUGUUUCACAACCUGUGGCACACCAACUCAAAGUGGCACCCAGGGAGAGAUCCUCUGCUCAGAUCAAAGCUGUGGUGAUCCCAUCGUUCAAGGUGCCACUAUAGACCAACAAAGUAGGAAGGCUAACGGAAUGGGGGGGGGGGGGGGCAGUCUAGGCAUGUGUUUGAUUUCACUAUUAUCACAUCACUAGAGAGAACAUGAGGAAUGCAAGACACAAGGUUGGCAUGCACUUUUCAGUUGUUGCAUCUGCAUUUUUUUUUUAAUUGCAUAAGUCUCGCAACCAUGCAAAGACGCCAGAAAAUUAGAAAUAUUGAACGUUCCCAGCACCCAAGUUUACGUUGCGGCCUUAAUACAUGAGGAUGUUCCCCUUAAAACUGGCUUUGUGGGGUUCCAGAGAGAAUAAGUUAAUCCUGCACACACGUGUAGCAGUGUAGAAUGCUGGAGUCAUGUGUUACCUUGUGUCUGCCAUGCUACCAUUAUGCAUCAACAUGCAAGCAGUGAAUCCCCUUCAAGUGCUUCUUCAUCUGUGGAUAAAGCCACUUGUGUGCCAACUCUACUGGGUUGAUACAGUGAGUCGUAGAUAUCGUAAAGAGGUGGACACACCAUUACAGCAGAACAGUACCGCUUAUUUAUACUACACUUCCCCUCGGAGCCCAUGUUUUGUACGGCAUUCAAAAUUGGAACUUUGUGCUGUUCUAUUUUUGUCUCUCUCUCUCUCUUUCUCUCUCGUUGUCUACGGUCAUGCAGCUCGCCAUCCGCUGAUGUGACCGACAAGGUGCAAUGUCGAAGAGCUGGCAAAAAAUUUUACAGGCACACAUGGCUGAAGUGGUCUUCCAUCAUGAGUGUAUUGAUAUAGGUCCAAACUAUGACUGGAUUAUUUUCGUUCACUUGGGCUAGAAUAGGAUAGGAGGGCACAACUGUGGUGGGGUUUGUCUCUGCGUCAGCCUCGUUAAUCAAGCUUUAUUUGCUUUUUGGUUCUUUGUCAGUCCAUAAUAGGAAAAGGUUGCAGAAUUGCACACUUUCGUUCGUUCAGUUACUGUUGGAAUGUCCCACUGUGUUUGGUAUUCAUGAAGUAUUUGUGAGUGUGUUGCGAUUGUUAGUGAAUCUUAAAGUACUUGUGUAGAUAUUAGAGUUUGAAAGGCAUCGCCGCAGACUGCUACCUCAGGCAUGUCUUUUUUUAUCUUUUUUUUUUUCUGUACAACAAUUCAGUUCGAGGAAUAACGAUGAAAUCAAAUUUUUUAUGAAGCAUAUAUCUGUAGAUAACCGAUGUUGGUCCUGCAGUCUUGCUUCUCUUAGACAUUUGUUUCUUCCGAGUCUGAACAAUAACCAAAGCACAAAAUAAUCUGUCGCCGCCUUUGCAGGGCUUUCCGUUGUGCACGUUCCAUGCAAAAUUGCUGGAAGUACCUUUGGGGCAUUUAUCAACGUACAUGUGAGAGUACAUCAUCUAACACAUCAUUCCAUAACAGUAUAUUUGGCUCACGUAUAAAUAUGUGCUGGGACUGGCGUAUCCUUCAAAAAUGUAUGUUCCUGUUAGUGGAAGGUUGUACGAAUAAGUGGUGUACACUGCGUGUACAUGUGUUACUUGUUUUGUAAUCCUAGCUUAAAUGAAAUUGUGUAAUUGGUGCAAUGUGUGCUCGUGUAAAUUAACAGCACGUACCAUAACGCAUUCUACCCAUUUGGCAUAUUCAUGGCGAAACUGUUCUGUACAUAUUUUGCAUAGUUUGCAGGGAGAGAGAAAAGGCUGUGUUACCCAUGUGCACACUUUUUCCGUUUAAUAACACAGUCAAUAUACUCGGAAUUACACGACUGCUGUUUCUUUUUUUCCUCUUGAGAUAAGCACACCUUCAGUUUGCUUUACUGUUAUUAAAGAACUGCGUUUACGGCUGUGUUCAUCGCUGGCCUCAGAGCUGUAGGCUCGUCGGUGUCUGUUCCUUGUGCCAGGGUUGUGCACUUUUAUCCCCUUCCCACAUACCCGUUUGUAAUGUGAAACCUGUCCCAAUAGCUGUGACAGGCGCCGUCUCUGGUAGGGGGUCUAUCAUUUCCUGCAUUGUAUUUGUGGUUCACGCAUGUGAACAUGCACAGUGUAAACUGCGCUCGUUUUACUGAACCCACAAACUGUUGCCUAGAAAAUGGCUCUGGUCGGUGUCGGUGCACUUGACACACGUGAAUGGUUGAUGGUGCUGCAGAGUUGUGAUGAACUAAUGUUGGGGGGCUGUGACAGUGCCAUUUAGGAAGGUCAAAUUACUGUCCUACUUCUCAUUUGUCAUGUGAAGUGCUGAAGUUUUGAGGUUGUCUUCGCUGCACAUUUGUUGUGUCGCUUUUCCUCAAAUACGAGGGUGAUGGAGCAGGAAGCUGGACAAUUUUUACUUAAGGAAAACCUUGGGUAUCAUUAAACCCUGUGCUCUAAACUGUUGAGUUCUGACUUGAUAACUUUCCUUUUUUUUCCCUUAGCUUGUAUUAUAUUACUAGGCGAAGAUGCUGUCCUUUGUCAUAUGUGCUACUGAGGGAGGGUGAUGGAUGCCUGAUGUUUUAAGGAAGAAAUUUUCGAUUUUUCACGGAACAGUGCAAAUGCGGCUGGAUCUCGUGAUUUACUACCCUUUCCUCUGUUUUCUUGACUGUAAAUAGUGCUGUAUAAAAACAGAAGGGAAAAAGAAAACAGGUGUUUUCCGAGUUGUAUAGAAAAGGUUUACCCUACCUUUGCCCAUGAACGUACGAAUAAACCAAUUUCAGAGAAGCUGUCUCUCUGGGGUACAAACAGAGAAGCAUGUCCAUGUGCCGGCUACUGAAAUGGGAAUCUGUU